AUGGGUACUUCAUCAAAAGGCAGCGGAGAAGAGAAAGAAAACAACUUGAAUACGGCAAGCGCGCCUUCUUCACCUCGACGCACAGCCGCUCUCUCCGCCACUGAAUCCACAAACUCCACCCCUCACGUCUCAAUCAACCCGGUGGAGGGUGAUGCUGUAAAAAAUGGGGGUUUAUUGUUUCCCGAUGAAGUAAAACCUGACAAUGAUGAUGGACUUGAUCACCUGGACAGCAAGCAGUACAUUGAGAGGUUUAGGAAUUAUGAGAAUGAAUUCACUCAUCGUAUGUUGGCGAAAUACUUCUCAGGAAAAACCCUUAAUGGAGGCAACAGUUUUUACGCGGAAAUAACAAUAGGCGAUGAAGUUAUAAAGGCAAGCAGGGUACCUUGUUUCCAGUUAUAUGCUGAUCCUGUUGUCGGUUUUAAAGAGCAAUGCAGCAACGGGUCGUCUUCACCUGCAGAAAUACAAGCUCACACCCCUAAUGAGAAAAACAUGGUGAAGAACUGA